GCCCCGGGGGCCGGGAGGCGGGGGCGGGGGCCAGGCCGGGCUGGGCCGCGCCGCUCCCGCCCCUCCCGCCGAGUCCUCGCCACUCGGAGUCCGGGUAGUAUGCCUCGAAAGUAAUAGAUCUCUCCUCAUAUUCUUACCAUGGAGGACUCAGGUAGGAAGACUUUCAGCUCUGAGGAGGAAGAACUUAGCUACUGGAAAGACUUAGCUAUACAAUAUAAGGAGCGGGCGGAAAAUACACAAGAGGAGCUACGUGAAUUCCAAGAGGGAAGCCGGGAAUAUGAAGCUGAGCUGGAGGCCCAGUUGCAACAGAUUGAAACCAGGAAUCGGGAUCUUUUGUCAGAAAAUAAUCGCCUCCGAAUGGAGCUCGAAACAAUUAAGGAAAAGUUUGAAAUGCAGCUUUCUGAAGGCUACCGACAGAUCUCAGCUUUAGAAGAUGACCUUGCACAGACUAAAGCUAUUAAAGAUCAAUUACAGAAAUAUAUCAGGGAGCUGGAACAAGCAAAUGAUGACUUGGAGAGAGCAAAACGAGCUACUAUAAUGUCUUUGGAAGACUUUGAGCAGAGGUUGAAUCAGGCCAUUGAAAGGAAUGCCUUUCUGGAGAGUGAACUUGAUGAGAAAGAGAAUCUCCUGGAAUCUGUUCAGCGACUGAAAGAUGAAGCCAGAGACUUGAGACAGGAAUUAGCAGUGCAGCAGAAGCAAGAGAAACCCAGGACUCCUAUGCACAAUUCAUUGGAAGCAGAGAGGACUGACACUGCUGUGCAGGCCACUGUGUCUGUGCCAUCCACACCUGUAACACACCGAGGACCCAGUGCCAGUGUAAACACACCUGGAUCAUUCAAGAGAGGCUUGGAGGACAGCUAUGGGGGCACUCCUCUCACGCCAGCUGCCAGGAUAUCCGCCCUGAACAUCGUAGGAGACUUGCUUCGCAAAGUCGGGGCACUGGAGUCCAAACUUGCAUCCUGUCGAAACUUUGUAUAUGAUCAGUCUCCAAACAGAGCAAGUGUUGCAUCCUCAGGGCGAGGCAUCAAAACCAGAGAUGGCAGUGACAAACGGCCAAGCAGCACCAGUGUGCCUUUGGGAGAGAAAGGGCUAGGAAAACGACUGGAAUUUGGAAAGCUUCCUUCAAGUGUUCCAUCACCGUCACUGCCAUCACCACAGGGUGUAGUCAAGAUGCUGCUUUGAGAAUCAUGGGCAUUGAAGACCUUAAUGUUCUAGUUUUGAUAUCAUUUUCUUUUGAAACUAAUCUUUUUAAAUUAGUUUGAAUAAAAUAACAAACAGGCAUAGUAGUUAACUCCAUGUGUUGUGGACCAAGUGUAUAAUUUGGAGAGCUAGCUUGCAGGCAGCAGUUUUCUUACCAAAUUUAGUUUGGUUGUUGCCACUGUCUACAGUGGGAAGAUGGAACAUUUUCUGCCAUCUGUUUAUUGUGGAAAUGGCUAUGAGUUAAUUGUGACCAAAUACCUGGCCAACUCAGAUAUCAUAAUGGGCUUCAUAACCAUAUAUGUGCCUGCCCAUCCGCCUGGUCUGCCUCCAUUCUUCAAAGGGCUCGUAUUCUAUUAAAAUACACUAUUGUGUCUCCUAUAGAAUUUCCAGUGCUGUGUAGGCUUAUUAAGGGAUAGUUUCAUUUAAAUUAUUUCUAGGAAUACUAGGUAGUAUUUCUGUAGAACACUUCUUUUUAAAAGGCACAGAUGCUGCAGGGCUACCUGUACCUGGUACCCAGCCAGAGCCUUUUAACCUCUUAUUGAGUUAUUUAGGUGUUUUAUCCUAAGACUUUUAGUCCAGUUAGAAACUAAAUUGAAUUUUGACCAAGGUCAGUAAAAGUUGGUUACUUUAUAAGUAAAUUUAUAAUAUAAUAUAAAUUUAUAAGUAAAUAUAAGUAACAAUUGACCGUUGGAGUCUACUUGUAGGUGUUGGUUUCAUUUUCAGAUUUCAUGAGGCAAAUUGAGGAAGGUUGCCCCCUGUAAGGUAAUCUGAAUAAAACAGGCUUCAUUCAAAGGCAAAUUCAAAUUAUGUGAGACUCUUUAAAUGGGCCCACAAUGGAGCUAACUUGUUUCGGAAGGUUUCCUUUCCUUCAAGGAAAGACAAUGGCCUCAAGAUUGCUUAAGACAUAGAGGAUUCCAUGCAAUCUGCAGUAUUCAGCACUGCCUGUUUGUUACACCUAUUUUGUAUCUUCAGGCUGGAGGGGAAAGUGCACUAACUUCAGGGGCAUAUUCUCAUCUUCAUAAAUCAAAAGCCUUUGCUGACAUCCUUCCACUGAGUUAGUUUUGGGGAGGUCAGCAAAAAUCUUUGAGUUGGGAAUAUAGCUUUAAUUGCUACUGAUAUUAUUAAGUGGCAAUAUUGCUACUGUUGAUGUUUAUUAAUCUAAGAAAUGUUCUUAACCUGUAUCAAAAAAAAUGCUUUAUUUUUCUAAAAAAAAUUUUUUUGUCAAGAGAAGGUAAUGCUUCAGUUUUAAACUAAACAGUAAUUACAAGAUAGUUAUUUAAUGUCAUAAAUAGGUGCAUACUCUGUGUAAUGUCUCCAGUUGGUUCUACAAAAAGCAUAGUAUUGGGUAAAAUGACUUUACAGGGGGAGCAGUUAAGUACCAUAGAAAAAUGUUAUAAAUGGGCAGUCAGCCAAAUGAUGUUACAGUGUGGGGUUUAGUGACAUUAUGUCAGGGCUUGGUUAUAAUUUAUUAAGGAUUUAAUAUUGUGAAGUGAUAUUGAUUAAGGCAACAUUAUCUGGGGUGUGCUUUUAUUUGUACUUUGUCAUGUGGUUUUAAAGCCUUGUCUUUUUAACCAAGUAAAUGGAUAUGAAUUGAAUUAUCUUUGAAAAUAAAUUAUUUUCACACAGGUAGCCUUUUUAGAAACAUGUUAUUUCAGGUGAGGGCACUGAUAAAGGUGUGCUAAUAUUCUGUCAUUUUAAUGGGUACUUGCUACUUCUUAUAAUGGAAAUUAGCAGUCUUUAAUUUCCUUUUCUUGAACCUACCUUAUCUGGCUGAGUCAGUGUACAGAAUAAAGUUUGUUCUUAAUGAUA